GACACUUAACAAGGCAGGAUUUGUCUAUUACGACGUGGUAAUUGAAUUAAACUGUCUUAUAAACCAUGGAAUUGCCUAUUGUGGUUGAGGCGCGGAAACAGUGAGCACCUUACCGGAUUUAUAGUAUGUAUAAGGUAUUUCAACCGACGUUUUUUUUUUUUUUUUUUAAGAUAAGAUAAAAUGUAACCGUCUGAAAGCGUUUUUUAUUGGAUCACUUUUCACACUUGGAAGAAGACCACAGCGUAAUAUUGCAGUCAGCAUGUGCCUCGCUUAUAAGUACUGGCGAUAAAGUUGGCUGCCUGAGCCGCACGGACGGAGUCCAAUCAGGGAGUCGCUACGCUGUCGUCAUCAUCCAACUCGGGUAGAUAUGCCGAGUGUUGUCUGUAGAUAAUGUCUAGUUUCCACCGGGAAAGGAUUAGCUUGACAGCUCAAAGCGGACCUUAACUGAGGACGAUGUCAAUAUCGGUACACGUGGACUAAAUACGUACAGAUUUCAUUGUUUUUAUAAUUGAUAGAAUUAAUAUUCAUUUAUAUGCAAAUGAUACUACCAACAAUUGGCGAUCACAAGUACUACGUAUCGAGUUUUACUAAUACUUACUUCCCACACCGGAUAUCACGCACCUUACAGCUAAUGGAUUUAAUUUAUUAGUAUUCACGUUUAUUCAGAUAAAAAACUAAACAUGACGGAACCAGGCUUUGUAACUGUCGAUUUCAUCGUGUUCGCUCUCGUCAUGUUAGCGUCCAUUCUCAUCGGAACAUACUAUGCAGUGUCCGGAGGUAAAAAUAAGACAUCUCUGGAAUUCCAUCUUGGAAACAGACAGAUGAAGUUUUUACCCAUUCUUAUUUCACUGAUGGUCUCCAACCAGUCGUCUAUAAUGAUGCUGGGGUACCCGGUGGAGACCUACCUGUUUGGUGGAGUGAUAUGGCUUCCAGUACUAGGAUAUAUCUUCGUCUUUCUCGCCUGUGUUCGCAUCGUCAUUCCUCUAUUUCAUCCGAUGAAGAUCACCAGUGUUAACGAAUACUUUGAAUUGCGAUAUGGAGCUGUUGCUGUGCGGAGAUUUGCAUCGAUUUGUGGAGCUAUGGUGGACACAAUGUACAGUGCUUUGGUGCUCUAUGGGCCGGCGAUAGCUAUGGAAGGCGUGACCGGUGUACCGUUCUGGGUAUCUGUACUCUCCAUGGCGGUUUCCUCCAUCAUAUAUACGUCGAUAGGAGGAAUAAAGGCGGUGGUAUGGACGGAUGUGUUUCAGUUCCUUAUCCUCUACAUGGGGAUAUUUGCAGUUUUGAUUAAGGGUUCCAUGCUAGUCGGCGGACUGAACAAAGUCUGGGAUAUAAAUUUGACGACAGGACGACUUCAGCCCGUCAGUUUUGAUAUCGAUCCUACACGACAGUACACCUUCUGGAGCCUGAUGAUAGGAUCGACUGUGAAAGCCCUAGUCAUUCCUUUUCGUCAGACGUCUGUUCAACGUGUCUGCUGUACCAAGAGCGCAAAGGAUGCCAAAUUUAUCUUUUACCUGAUUGGGCCUGCCUUUGUGCUGACUAUGAGCCUCGCCAUGGCUAUGGGGAUGGUGGCAUAUGCUUAUUACUACACUAUCAGAUGUGAUCCGAUACUGUCAAAGAAAAUCGUCUACAAUCAACUAGUUCCGUAUAUGGUAUUGGAUAUUUUCCGUAAUGAGCCGGGAAUGGCUGGACUUUUUAUGGCCUCGCUGUUCUCCGCUUCCCUGAGUACUGUCUCGUCCAACCUGUCGGGACUGUCUGCAAUAACCCUAGAAGAUUUUAUCAAACCGAAUUUUAAGAAGCUGUCAGAAUCGAGGGCUGCGAUCAUUUCGAAAGUAACAGUGGUCCUGUAUGGCUUCCUGGCUACAGCCUUAGCCUUCUUGGUAGCAGAAAUGAAGGGAUCCCUGUAUCGGGUGGCUUUAAGUAUUAUGUCCGUAUUUACAGCACCUCUACUGGGAAUAUUCCUAUAUUCCAUUUUCUUUCCAAGAGCGACUCAUAUGGGUUGUUUGAUCGGCGGAAUAGCUGGAAUGGCGAUCACACUGUGGAUAUCUAUGGGGCAGAGCUUUUCCACUUCCCUGAGGAGGGAAACACCAUUACCAUUUGCACCCAUUGAUGGAUGUUUCCCUGAUGUAAACACCACAUUUAUGAACAUGAGUACCACAACUCCCGGAAAUAUUUCCACCACCUUUGACACGGCAACUUCCGUUUCCGAUAUACUCAAUUCUACGUUAGCACCACUUGUGAAGAACACUGGCCCCCAAGGACUGGAUCGGUUUUAUGCAAUUUCAUUUUACUGGUUCGAUACCUUAGCAUUGAUUGUAAUCCUGUCGGUAGCCAUUGUCGUCAGCUUUAUAGUAGGUAGGCCCUCCCCAAGGGAAGUCAAUAUGAAGUAUGUGUUAUCCUUCUCUGAUCAAUUCUUUCCUUGUCUCCCCGAAAAGGCAAGAAUAUUUCUUACCUGUGGUGUUGACAUUGAAAAGCGCCGAAGAAAAUGUGGCUCGCAUGAGAAUGGAGACACACAGCACGAAUUGGCAGUAGGCCUGAUUCCCGAAUCCCCAACUUCUCCAGUAUCGGCUACAUCAGAGAGUCUAGGCUUCUCUUGAAGGACUACGCGACCACAGUCCUUAAAGUCCUGCCGGCGUGUCACGUGAUCGCCGCCAAUGGAAAUAUAUACAUCCUUUCCACAAGUAAUAAAGGAUGCUGCAAUUAAUCUCAACUUUGCGGUUGUAUAUUUUCUCAUAGGGUAUUUGUGAGGACAAUCGCGGAUAGUUGAAAAGACAAGGGUGUCAAUUAAACGCAUUAACAUCAUAUUUGUUCAAUAUUCUGUAGAUACUGAAUACUCGAACAAAUAUUUUCUUAUGUUAUGUAAAAAAUGACCUCGUGAAAUAUUGUAUAGACAUUAAUUUUUAAUUUGUGUGAUGUCGUUAAUUUACUAAACGUGAUCACGACUCUCACGACUAUGAAUAUUACUAUAUAUAAUUAUUAAACCUGUCGAUCUGAUCUAUCAACUGUUGAUAUUUCCCUCCUAAUCUUCGGGAAAGCGUACCAUGAGGGGAAAUCAUUUAACAGUGUUAUGAUAAAGAACAUUGCUAGCUCACUUCAUACGUCGUCUAAAAUACAUAGAGACAAAUUCCAAGUCAAACCAAAAAUUAUGUUGUAGAUACAUUGUACUGCAGUUUAAAGUCUUUUUUCCUUGCAUAAUUGGAAAUCUGUAGGACAAAGCAUAUCGUAUGAACGCAUCUUUUCAUGUCUGUUUGAAAGUACUUAAAUUACAGUAUUUGACGAAGUAGUUUUUUUUCGAUAACAGUAUUUCAAAGUUUUGAACCGCACGAUCGGUACUUUCUCUAAAAAUAAAUGAAUCUGUCCGUCUGUCUGUCUGUCUCAGUCCGUCCACUCAGUUUUCCGAAGUUUUCUCAGCCAUGCUUCAAGUAAUGUUGGUGAAAGUUGGUAUGAAAUUUUAAUAUGAGAAGCUAUAGAUCAAGUUGGAGUUUCAGGUUUUUUGGAUCAAGGUUAAAGUCACUGUUACUAUUUAAAGCCUGGGCGGUAGGAUACAUGUAUUACUAUAGCAAUACCUAGCAUGCUUAUUUCUAAUAGGAACGCAUCAGGUUUAGUUUAAGUUAUAUUGAGUUUGAAUAUAAUUUGAAGGAAGACUCCAUUGGAGAUCAGGUUAACUUGAUGUGUUAUUUCUUUCGCCACGUCAUACAUAUUCCUUAAUGACAUAUGCAUGUACUUCUAUCUAUAUAUAUAUAUAUAUGCUAAUAUAAUCACUACUGGCGACGUAUUGCUAGUUAAUGAUGUUGUAUAAAUGAUAAAUGUCGUUUAUUUUUCAGAAAAUCAUACGUUUACAACUCAGAAUUAAAAUAUUAUUUAUAUUGGUCUAACAUUUAUUAUUUCUGUCACUGCCAAAGAAAAACUGCAAAACAAUGCAAUACUUACAUUAACAACACUUUGAACGAUGUGCCACAUUUAAGCAAAGUAGAAGGAGGUUGCUUAGAACCAUCGUUAAUGCUUAAAUUGUUAAUAAUGCGAAUGGUAAACACAUUGUUGUUAGUGGUUACCGAUUUAACACAUUGUCCAUGAUAACUCAUUACAUCUGUGUAUUCAGCAGAGCAUGGGAAACCUUUUUAAGAGUACAUUAUUUUAAUGCAUACGUCUUUUUUAAACUCCGUUCAUUAUCAAGUAUGUCCGUUAAUGGUUUAAAUUAAAGGAGGUCAAUGGGAGACAACUCAAAUUAUCAAAUAUGAAAUUAAAUUAUAAAACAAUAAUAUUUUAUGUAGCUAAAUAAUGUAUUGUAAGCUAAGCAAACGACCAUAAAAUUUAACUGCGAUUUAUUUAAAAAUGUAUCGCUACAUUCUUGGGUAUUCACCUCUUAAUCUUAAUUCAUUGUAGCUAUAUGAUGUCACAGGACUGGGCAACAGCAAACAAACAACAAUUACAACAAAAAUGAUAACAACAAUGAUAACAACAAUGAUAAUUUCAACAUUUAUGUAAGACUGGUGAUGUAGGUCUACUCACUGUUAUUAACUAUCAUCAAUGUUGGAGUUAUGAUCAAUGUUGACUUUAAUGGGUCUGUUUAUUGAGUAAAAAAGGACUGAUUUAUUUCAAUCUUUUAUAAAAAGCUUAAUUACCAUAGAAGUUUGUACAGAUUGAUAAACAUUAUCAUUGAGCCAGUUCGUUAGAAGAAUAGCAUGAGAUGGAGGUAUAUUAUCAUCAUUCAUUUUUGAGUGUUGUAUAGUUCAGAACAUGGUUAUCUUGAGAAUAAUCAUAAAACUGUAUACGAUGGCGGUUAAUAUAUAUAAGGACACCAUCAGGAGGCUGGAUUAUCUAUCUGACUUCCGGCAUUCUUGGAUGGAUGCAUGUAAUGAUAACCGCAAUGUUAGGGGUUUCUACUGUAUAUAUAUAUAUAUAUAUAUAAAUUAUAUAUAGUGCUUUGUUAAAUGUUUUCUUUGUACAUAGAAUGUUUGAAGUCGUUGUUAGUUAUUUAUUACAUCAUUUGAGCUAUGUUGUAUGGUAAAAUAAAUAUUGUUGUAUACAUGAA